CACCUCCUCCUCUUGAACCGCCAUGGCGUCCGAGGCCUCCUUGCAAGACCACCACCACCACCAUGGACAAACGCCGUCCAGGGCCCUUGCCGCUGUGCCCUGCUUCUUCCUCCUCCUCGAGGAGAUGCCCUCGCCUCAAGCAUCAGCGCGCCAAGUCCCGCCUUCUGAAGUCCGUCGUCGUCGGAGCUGCCCACCACCAGCAGAGAACAUCACAGGCCGCCGCUAGUUCCGACCAGGUCCGAGGCCCUCCGUCCUUUCGCCGGCGUUCCCCUUCAGAUCCCGUCGCCAGAGCUCCGUCCCUGCUGCUCCUCGCGGUCGUCUUCUUCAUGUGCGCCGCCAAUGUCAGGUCCAGCCUCUGCUUUGAGCAGAGGAGGAGGACGCCCGUGUCUCGCUGCCCGAGCACCGCUGCCUGCCCUCGUCCCCGACGCCGGCGAGCUCGCCGCCGCCGGAUCCACGUCUCCAGCAUGCCCGUGCUCGUUUACGCUCGCCUCCACGGGCCGUCUGCAAGCAGCAGCACCGUCACGGACAAGACCGAAUCCGCUCGAGAGCCUCCAUGGUUGCGUCCCCUUCGACCCUGCGCGCGAAUGCCUCGCUGCUGUUCGCGUUGACCCCGCAUCGAUCGAGCAGCCAUGGUUACAGAGCAAGCUAUCGCUGUUUCAGUUUUCAGUUUCGUCAGACUUGCACCAGGGUAUGGUUCAUGUUGCGUAUAAAUGCUUUUUUAUCAACUUUCUUCGUAGCCCAUUGGUCACUCGUGCAUGCAUCCAUCCAGGAGGUCCUGGGUUCGAGUCCCAGGUGCCCCUAUUUUUGCCUCUUAUUUACCUUUUUUGCACACCACACAGCCAGCCGCUUGGGCUUGGCCCGA